GAAAAAAGUGCCAGUUCAAAUGUAAGACUUAAAUCUAAUAAAGAGGUCCCAGGAUUAGUACAUCAACCCAGAGCAAACAUGCACAUCUCUGAAAGCCAACAGGAAUUCUUCAGAAUGCUCGAUGAAAAAAUUGAAAAGGGUCGUGACUAUUGUUCAGAAGAGGAGGAUGUCACAUAGUGCCAACUCUGCCGCUCGCCCCAGGAGUUCUACUGUGUAAAUAGAUUCCAACCCAGUCGAGACCUUUUGGAAGUCUUCUAGAGCGAACAGCACUACAUAACAGAAGAAGAUCAUUUCCACAUUAUAUGCUCCAUUCAGUUACAGUGUUUCUUAAUGACCAGAUUGAGGAAUAUUGCUAAGAACUCGUAAGGAACUGUUUUUGUUGCUGCUAGUUAAAACUUGUUGCAACUUCUCACUUUUUUUUCUGUGUCCAGAUACGCAGCAAAUCCUUCAAAGUUAAUCCGAAAGACAUUGUUGAUUUUCUGGAGGCCUCUGGCCUGUUUUCUAUCAGAUGAGGUAGUGUUAUACAAAGCUUCCAUAAGUGAACAUUCAAGCAUCUAAGAACACCCUUAAGCUGUGUGUCAAUCCGCCCGGGCCGGAGUGCUUAUUAGUGCUGGUGAUUCCAAGCUUUGGAGAUGGGAUGUUUUUUGCCAUGGCAGGCCUUGUUUCUCUGCUGAGAAGAAGCUGAGAAACUAGUAUCCAUUAAAAAGCAUGUUGUCACUGAAAUACUGGAAGUGAUGCAGGAGCAGGAAUUUGUAUUUUGAGAGGAAAAAGAGUUUCAUUUAAUAGGUAUCUUAAUCGAGGACUAAGCUUGCAGUAUUGGCUUUGCUGAGCACGAAUGGGAGUGUGAUCACAAUCAUUUUGAAUCUCUUUUUUUCUAAGGAAAUAAACAUUUUACUGUUUUUAUGUA